AAUCUUUCCCAUAGACAAUUUAGUGUUAACGUAUUAUUAACCUUGACAAUGGAAAAAAUACUAAAAAUCUUUUCGUUGGGUGUUCUUUUAUUUGUUGUUGCCUGUUUGAUAAUAGUUUUAGCUUUAGUGUGGACAAUGCCUGAUUUACCUAAGACAGUUAAGAAAGGUGAAAUAUGUUUGCCUAGUGAAAAUGGUCCACUCAAAUGUGGAUCAACCACUGACUUAUUACAUGAUUAUCUUGAACGGACCAUUGUCAUACAGUAUGAUGAAGCCAAAAGGCAAGAUAAAAAGAAACAGCAGGACUAUCUUGAUGGAAAUAGAGCCCGCUUAAUGAAUAUUUAUGACAAAAGUUUCUGGGAAAUGAAACCAGCAGCAAAACUCACUGGAAAGGAGCAAUCGAAUUUGCGAAAAAUUGACAUUGGCGCUGAUAUGGUUCCUAUUAGAGAUUGGUGUAACGGUAGAGAACUUUAUGAUACAAAAGGCUUUAUAAGAUAUGGAAUUAGAUACAGAAAUGGUCGACUUGUUGUUCCAGUAGACGGCACAUACUUUAUUUACUCUAAUCUUGAUUUUUUUGAGUCUUGCAAUCCUUCAUCUGGUUUACCAGAUGUCAAAGAUAUCAAUAAACCAAUUAAACAUGGUAUUUUUAAAUUCAAUAUUCUUGAAGGUGAGGAAAACGAAUUAGUAACAAAUGUACAACCGCAUGCUAUCUCUACCAACCGAUACUACAAUUCAUAUAAUAGCUAUGUCUCGUCACUGGUAGAACUAAAAGCUGGUGAUGAACUUUCAGUUAAAGUUAGCAAUAUUUCAUACAUAAGAUACACAAGGGACAAUUAUUUUGGAGUAAAUCUAAUAUGACGCUAUCCUCACCCUGGGAAACACGUGCCCGUCGUGGUGAGGGCACAAUACGUCAAUUUCAAUACAUUAUACUCUGCACAUGACGUAUUGACCAAGUUUCCCUUUAAGGUAUUACCAUCCUAAUGCAUCAUCCGCUUUAAAGGGUAUUCAAGGAGGCUAAAACUACUGUUAACUACAUUGAAAAUGAGGGCCGUGGGUUCAAUCCCCAGAAGAGUCAACUUUUCUUUCUUUUUUUUUCUUUUAUCAUUAUUUAUGUAUAUCUCAUGUCCAAUUUGGAAAGAAAAAAGUGUUUAAUUUUGAUUUUUUUAAUUUAUAUAGGUAUUUAUUGGCUAAAUUCUGCUAAAUCUAGUAAUAAAUAUGGUACCUGAUAUUUUCAAAGUGUAAUAAAAUCAAAACUAGACGGUAAAAGUAUUUCAUAUUUUACAAGAUCCACCAAUAUAAUUCUUUAAAAUUUAGGGAAACUUUGAAAACAGGCACUCAUUUGGGUAUUUUUUUUUUAAAUAGGCUCCCUAAGUAGGCAAAUGGUCAGACACAUGGUAAAAAUGGAUGGGGUAGGGUAACAUUUUUAUACAGAUUUCAUAAACUUUAAGUAGAAACCAUAAUUUUGCUUAUGUGGAUUGUUAGCUGAAAGGUAUUUUUUGUUUUUUGACCAAAAAUAAUGGGAAGACAGUUUUCAUUACAAUGUUAUUGCAGAUUAUUUAAAGGUUCCUCAUUUCUAAAAAGGCCCUCAUAACAUUCUAGCUUGAGUUCAGAAAAGUGACCAUAACUUGAUUUCCGUACGGUAAACUCUGUUUAAAUUUUGCAUACAGGUGUAUUUUAAGGUAUAUAUCUGACCAAUGAUAUCAUUUUUUUUAGUUCCUUAGAGUGCCCAUUUGGGUGGUAAUACCUUAACUCUACAAAGGAACUGUUCUUUAUGUGUCCAAAUAUUUUGUUACUACAUUAUUUUUUUACUGUAAUUAACUAUAACAAAUAUUUUAGGUUAUUUUUGAUCAGUACAAACAAAUGGGUAUCUGCUUAACAAUUGAUAGUGGGGAUUGGUUGGUGGUAGUGUCGACACACAACUGAUACAGCAACAUUUCUUUCCUUGUUUUCUUUUCUUCCCUCUUCUAUCUUUCCAUCUUAAAAUGAAAAUGUAUUGUUACUUAAUGCAUAUUUACUUUAAUGUAUAACUUUCUUUACUUUAUGAAACUGAUGUUAAUCAUUUACAGGGAAGGGCCCACGAUAAUGUUGUAAAAACUUUUGGCCCAACCCUUUUGUAUAUUGUAUAAUUUUGUUAAUGUAACUGAAUUGAUGUAUAUUUAUAUAUGCAAUAAAAUAUUAUUAAACUAAA